UCCCCAGGCAAAGCCACCAUCUCCAACGACGGGGCCACCAUCCUGAAGCUGCUGGACGUCGUCCACCCAGCUGCCAAGACCCUGGUGGACAUUGCCAAGUCCCAGGAUGCAGAGGUGGGUGAUGGCACCACGUCUGUGACCCUGCUGGCUGCUGAGUUCCUGAAGCAGGUGAAGCCCUACGUGGAGGAGGGGCUGCAUCCCCAGAUCAUCAUCCGUGCCUUCCGCACGGCCACGCAGCUGGCUGUGAACAAGAUCAAAGACAUCGCUGUCUCUGUGAAGAAGGAGGAUAAAGAUGAGCAGAGGAGUCUCCUGGAAAAGUGUGCAGCCACAGCCCUGAGCUCCAAGCUCAUCUCCCAGAGCAAGGAGUUCUUCUCCAAGAUGGUUGUGGAUGCUGUGAUGAUGUUGGAUGACUUGUUACAGCUCAAGAUGAUUGGGAUAAAGCAGGUGCAAGGAGGAGCUUUGGAAGACUCCCAGCUGGUGGCUGGAGUUGCCUUUAAGAAAACCUUCUCCUAUGCUGGGUUUGAGAUGCAGCCCAAGAAGUACCAGUCCCCCAAAAUUGCCCUGCUCAACGUGGAGCUGGAGCUGAAAGCUGAGAAGGACAACGCUGAGGUCAGAGUGAACACAGUGGAGGAUUACCAGGCCAUCGUGGAUGCAGAGUGGAACAUCCUGUAUGACAAACUGGACAAAAUCCACAAGUCAGGAGCCAAGGUGGUGCUGUCCAAGCUGCCCAUUGGGGACGUGGCCACCCAGUACUUUGCAGACAGGGACAUGUUCUGUGCUGGCCGUGUCCCCGAGGAGGAUCUCAAGAGGACCAUGAUGGCCUGUGGGGGAUCCAUCCAGACCAGUGUCAAUGCCCUGUCAGAUGACGUGCUGGGCCGCUGUGAGCUCUUUGAGGAGACCCAGAUUGGGGGAGAGAGGUACAACCUGUUCACGGGCUGCCCCAAGGCCAAGACGUGCACCAUCAUCCUGCGGGGCGGCGCCAAGCAGUUCAUGGAGGAGACGGAGCGCUCGCUGCACGACGCCAUCAUGAUCGUCAGGAGAGCCAUCAAGAACGACUCGGUGGUGGCGGGGGGCGGGGCCAUCGAGAUGGAGCUCUCCAAGUACCUGCGGGACUAUUCCCGCACCAUCCCGGGCAAGCAGCAGCUGCUGAUCGGCGCCUACGCCAAGGCGCUGGAGAUCAUCCCGCGGCAGCUGUGCGACAACGCCGGCUUCGACGCCACCAACAUCCUCAACAAGCUGCGCGCCAAGCACGCACAGGGCGGGAUGUGGUACGGCGUGGAUGUCACCAACGAGGACAUCGCAGACAAUUUCUCGGCCUGCGUGUGGGAGCCGGCCGUGGUGCGGAUCAACGCGCUGACCGCCGCCUCGGAGGCCGCGUGCCUGAUCGUGUCUGUGGACGAGACCAUCCGCAACCCGCGCUCCAGCCUGGACGGGAGCCCUGCCGCUGCUGCGGGGCGGGGCCGCGCCCGCGCCCGCCCGCACAACCACUGAGGCUGCUCGGGAUUGCCCCGCGGGGAUUGGGACAGCCAGCCUGGCUGCGGUCACGGCUGCUCCUGUCCGCUCCCAGCCCCACAACCGCUGAGGGGCCAUUCCCCAAUUAAACCCCAUGGUAAUUAGUGACAGCCUGGCUGCGGUCACGGGCUGCUCCUGUCCGCCCCCAGCCCCACAACCGCUGAGGGGCCAUUCCCUAAUUAAAUCCCACAGUGAUUAGUGACAGCCUGGCUGUGGUCACGGGCUGCUCCUGUCCACUCCCAGCCCCACAACCACUGAGGGGCCAUUCCCCAAUUAAACCCCAUGGUAAUUAGUGACAGCCUGGCUGCGGUCACGGCUGGCUCCUGUCCGCUCCCAGCCCCACAACCGCUGAGGGGCCAUUCCCCAAUUAAACCCCACAGUGAUUAGUGACAGCCUGGCUGGGUUUGGUCAGAGGCUGCUCCUGUCCAUGCCACAAACACUGAUGGGUCAUUCCCUAAUUAAACCCCGAGGUGAUUAGUGCAGCCCGGCUGGGUUUGGUCACAGGCUGCCCAUGCCCAUUCCCAGCCCCACAACCACUGAGGGGCCAUUCCCUAAUUAAACCCCACAGUGAUUAGUGCAGCCCGGCUGGGUUUGGUCAGAGGCAGCUCCUGGCAGCCCCUGCCCUGCCCUGGGCAUUCCCUGGGGCAUUCCCCUCCUGGGGGCUGCAGCCAGCACAGGGAGGGGCUUGGGGCCUAUUUAUACUGAUCUGAGUUCUGCUCUGCUGGGCACUCUGAACCCAGGCUCCACAAUAAAACCAGUUUGUCUCUGUGGCA